GAAAACCCUCACAUUCUCUUCACUCUCCCUCAAACGCAAAAGGCCGAGCAGGUGAGUUACUAGAAGGAGAAGAAAAUGACCACCGUACCGGGACAGCUGGUUUGGGAGAUCGUGAAGAAGAACAACUGUUUCUUGGUUAAGGAGUUUGGAAGGGGCACUCAGAGCGUUGAGUUCAGCAGAGAAGCCAACAAUCUCUACAACCUUAACUCCUUCAAGUACUCUGGUUUGGCAAACAAGAAAACUGUUACUAUUCAGCCUGCUGGAAAAGAUCAGGCUGUGUUGCUUGCUACAACAAAGACAAAGAAGCAAAACAAGCCGGCUGCAUUGCUUCAUAAAUCUAUCAUGAAGAAGGAGUUCCCUAGAAUGGCAAAAGCAGUGAAAAAACAGGUUGCAGCUAACUACUACAGGCCUGAUCUGACCAAGGCAGCUCUUGCAAGGUUGAGUGCUGUCAAUAGGAGCCUCAGGGUUGCAAAGUCUGGUGUCAAGAAGAGAAACAGACAGGCUGUUAAGGUCCAUGGCAGGAAGUGAAUUGAGAGUGUAAAAAUCUCACUUCGUUUUUUUUCUUGCCACCAUUUGUAGUUUUUGUUCUAGAUUUUUUGAGUCUGGAUAUGUUUGGAGUUUUGUUUCAAACGCAAUUGUGUUUUCAAUAUGAGACUGGAGCUACCAUGUUAUAGCUAUCAAUUGGGAUAAUUCUUUUGUGUCU